UCGGCGGUUAGCAUCGAGUGGGAUCGUGUGUGUGUGUGUGUUCGUGAGUGUAUCGUGGCGUUCAUAUACUCCGUCUGCAGCACGUGGACACGGGGAGCGUUUAGGUUUUUGUAUCGGUUUCAGUUUUACCGUACCAAACGUGAACCGUGGCACGAUCGAUAAUGUUGGCAGGUGGACGCGUGCGGUGAGGCAAGGUGAAAGAUAUUAAAGGUGCUAACGGAGGUGCUACGGGAUAGAAUAGUGAGAGUGAUCGAUCGGUGUAGGAUCGACCCUCGAUAGAGCGCUAGAUAGACGGAGAAAGGUAGCAACGACGACCGAGUAGAGGGGGGGCCAGCGGGUGGAGGGUUUUGAGGUUACUAGGUGAUAAAGUAAAAGAUCAACAAAACAUUGCUACGCAGCGUCUCUCGUGGCCGAUCGGUGACGGGCGGAUCUUGGAGGCACAACAGUCGAAGGUGUGAUCCGGCGGUGCAAAGCGAACGAGCAAAGGUUAAGCCAACGACACAAUAGAAGGCAAUACCAAACACGGACGAGAUGCAAAUUCUACCGACAGAUCUGUCCGCCACGACACUGGCCAGUCUGGUGUUGGAGGGUGCGAAUGCGACGCUAUCGCUCAACUCGCGGCAAGAUGGCGGCGACGAUAUCCAUGACGACGGGGACGAUGACACACCGACGGUUGCCAAAGUAACCUCGAUGGUGGUACUGUUCAGCGUGAGCAUGGUCUGUGGCCUGGUCCCGUUCAAGCUGGUGCGCUGGUUUAACCUUAAUCCGGCCUCACCGUCCGGUGGCACACAUCUCUUCCUCAUCCGGCUGCUGCUUUCGUUCGGUGGCGGUGCGCUACUCAGCACCACCUUCCUUCACCUCCUGCCGGAGAUAAACCACUCGAUCGAGGAAUUGGUGGCCACAGGGGCGCUACCCGCACCGGAAGACCUCCCGUUCCCGCUCGGCGAGUUCCUGCUUACGAGCGGGUUCUUUAUGAUCUACCUCACCGAGGAGCUGGUGCACUGUUGGAUGCACCGACGGUCGGCCAACGCAAGGGCUCGGGCACGGAAGCAGACCACCAGCGACGAAAAGGGUGGAACGAUGAUGGUGGAGCCGGCCAAGCACGACCAUUCGCAUGGUCAUUCGCAUCUCCCGAUCGGGGGGAACGUAACCGCCGUCUAUCCGGUGACGGACAUCGACGGCACACCGGCGGUUCCGCAGCCAAACUCGAACGCAACACCACCACCAGCACCGGCCAACGUGAAUGGGCCCCUCCGGGGGUUGCUUAUUGUGCUGGCCCUCUCCAUCCACGAGCUGUUCGAGGGCCUUGCCGUCGGGCUGGAGCGUUCCCCGUCCGCCGUGUGGCUCCUGUUCGGGGCGGUGGCCUCGCACAAGUUUGUCAUCGCGUUCUGCGUCGCGUUCGAGCUGCUGGUGGCGUCGGUGCGCUUCCGCAUCGCCGUGGCGUACAUCUUCGUCUACUCGGUCGUGAGCCCGAUUGGCAUCGGCAUCGGCAUUGCGCUCAGUUCCGUCAACGACGACACCAGCCAGACGAUUGAGGUCGUGUCGGUGAUACUGCAGGGGCUCGCCAGUGGGACCCUUAUCUACGUCAUCUUCUUCGAGAUACUAGCCAAGGAUGCGGGCCACAGCCACGGCAGCGGUGGUAGUGGUAACGGGGCUGAUGAUGAUCACCCUACCACCUCGGCCACCCACGGCUUGUGGCAGUUCUUUGCCGUGCUGGUUGGCUUCGGCCUACUGCUGGGCAUCAAGAUUGCAACCGGCCAUGGUCACGAUCACGGUCACGGUUCUGAUGGGGAUCAUGAUCACGAUCACGAUCACAACCACUAGCGGAAUGGGGGCGAUGAUGGGACCACACCUUCUUACACACUUGCCACGACGAUUUUACGGUCGGCAGAGGACGACGCACACGGUACCAAGUGUAGCUGUAUUUUAGCUAGUUUGUAAACUAUUUGUAGUGUAGUGAAAUACUAAUCAACUCUAGCGCCUACCAAUGACUUUAUCGUUAAGCGCCGCUUAAGAGGAGUAUGUAAAAAUUGGACAUAAUGUGAUACAACUGAUUAAAACCAAUGAAUUCCUGUAGUCAGUAUACCGUAGUAAUACUAAAUCCAAUAAUGAUGUCAAUGGAUAAAUAUUGAGAAACGCUUUCAUUUAACUGGAACAGUACGAAUAUAGCAAACAUUUUGCCUCAAAAUAGUAUUACUGCAAUCAUACAUGUACAAUUUAAAAUACAGAAUUCAAUCAAAAAGCGAUUGAACAUUUAAGUACCAUAGUUUCACCCGUAUAUCACUAUCUUUUUUAUUCACAAU